AUGGACGAAUCCGCGCCCAAGCGCCGGAGGGUUUCGCCACGCCUCAGCAGCCAGCGCGACGGCGACAGCGAUAAUAAUGAUUCAACCACGCCGCCCGGCCCUCCCCCACCACGAAGCAGAAUCCCGAGAAGGCCUUCUUUCGCGUCGCCAACAAGGGCAAGCUUAGCACGAUCAAAUCCCGAUCUUCUGCGGCAAAGAAGCAGAAGCCUGAGCCCCACCAAAGGUGGCAGCGGCAAUCCGUCAACACAAGCUCCACAAGAUGCUGUGGGAGACGAGCCAGCCGCCCAAGCUGGGGGCCAGGCCGAACGUUUCCUAGAGAGGGGGGCUACGCGUCCGAGAAGUGACAUAUCUGGCUCGACAGCUGUCGAAUCCCAAAACUUGGGCUCUCCUGCACGAAGAAUCCCGGCAUCGAGGCUCAGCGGUGCACUGGCAACGAGACCACGCCGGUCGGGCGGCCUGCCGAAUCCCAGGCCACUCCCCGACCCCGGGCCAGAUGACGAAGAAAUAAACCCGUUUGCUGGGCGCGUUCUGAAUCGCACGCCACCGACCGGUGUCAUUCCCGCGCGAGCACCACCUCCCCAACCAGAGCCUGACGAGGAGCCCGAACUCCCGCCCACACCGACCCAAAAGGGACAGGACGAUCCUGUGGUCACAACACCUCCCUUGGGCAUCCACGAUACACCUUCGAGACGGAGACGACGUAUUUCUUCACCGUCAAAAAGUUCGCCAUUGAAGCAGCCGCCUCUUCGCCCGCCUGAGUUUACACAGACGACAAAGGACCCAUUCAAGAAGGCAAUGCAGCGCCCUGUACGGGAAAGGAGCCCAAGCAGGCUUGCGCGGAAGACGCAGUCCACCAAAGGUCCUUCAGGGACGCACGAAGCCCGCGGGAUCCCCGUACCAGACCCGAACUCAGAUCUCAGGCAGACGCGAGACGCGCUACAGGCGGAGAUUGCGAAGCUCGAGGCGGAUUUGGAGUUCGCAACUGUGGAGAACGAAAGGGUGCGGAAGACGCGUUCCCUAAGAUCGGAUGCCCAGCCUCUCUCAACGUCCCGCCGAGAGCAACUAGUCGACUUGCUGCGACGGCAUCUUGUACGCCCAGAAAAGGAAGCCAAGCCAGAUGCAGCGCAAGAGUGGUUAGACCUCGCAAUGAACCCAAUAAGUUGGCUAUCAUUCGGGUCUCUCGGCCAAACUUCGGUCUUCUCUUCUACAGAGGAAGAAGAGGAUCUCCCUCCUCCGACGUCGCAUCACCCAAUCGCGCUGUCGGCCACCGAUGAGCUUCCGUACCUGCAGGCAUUUACUCCAUUUGAGUUCUCAGGGGCAACAACCAUGCUGCCGAGAGAAAGCGACUCGGAACCCUUGCUGCGAAAACACAGCAUCGUCAUCAGAUCAGCACAUCCCGCAGGGCUCUUCAUGGCCAAGAUUGAGAUGACUGUCGACACCGAAAAGCUGCAGAUCACGGAGCUCAUUGUACCCCGCCUAGACCCCGCGGCCGUGGCAGAAGUCGGCCCCUUUGUCCAAAAAGUCACCCAAGGAGGCUCUAAUACCCACAUGAACCGAAACGUCACCAUUGUCACUUGGGCGAUGGCUGAGUGGUAUCGUAUUGCGAUUGAGCGUGCCAACGUCUGGUACACACUGGAGAGCGAGCUCGGCGACAAGGAGAAACUGGUACAGAGUGUGGCCAAAAUACGUACAAGGCGAAAGAAGCGCAGGAGGAAGGCCGAUGACGAAGACGAUAGUCAAGAGGCCGCCGCCGAAAAUACCCACGCCGAAAACCUUCCGCGGUCGGCGUUACUACGUCAUCUUGGGAAGACCGCCUACGAGAUCCCUAUCCCCGAUGCUGUCAAAGAGGAAGCAUCGUGUCUUAGGAUACAUUGGAAAAUUGAGUUUGACUGGACUGGCGAGGCGCAGAGCAAGGUUGGAUUGAUGAUUGGUAUGCCUGGGAAGUGGCACCGGGGUGAUAAGCGCGGAUCACUGGCCGCGGCGUCUAAGGUUUUUGAAAAACUUGUUCAGGGUAACGAAGGGCCGAUGACGGCUGUACGGACUGUUGUUGCCUUGUUGGCUGGCGAUGCGUUGUCUUGA